AUGGCUUCACGCGCAUCCGCAACAAAGCCCCCAGGAAUUUGGCGUCAGUUCCUCGACAACCCCUACAUUUUCGGCCUCUCGGCGGGGCUAGAAGCUAACAGACUACGUGAUGCUGAUAAGUUUGCGUCGCUCGGCGGCUUCCUCUUUGGCUACGACCAGGGCGUCGUGUCCGGCGUGCUGGAGAUGCAGUCGUUUGCGGCAGAGUUUCCGCGCAUCUACCUCGACAGCAGAUUCAAGGGCUGGUUCGUAUCGACGCUGCUGCUGGCGGCCUGGCUCGGGUCCCUGGUCAACGGCCCCGUCGCGGACCGCUUCGGCCGCAAGGGCUCGAUGCUGGCAGCCGUGGUCGUCUUCACGCUCGGGUCGGCGCUGCAGGCCGGUGCGCAGACAAUGGCGGUGCUGUUUGGCGGGCGCGCGGUGGCUGGGCUCGCCGUCGGCAUGCUGACCAUGAUUGUGCCCAUGUACAUGUCCGAGGUGUCGACGGCGGGCAUCCGCGGAACGCUGGUCGUGCUCCAGCAGUUGAGCAUAACGCUUGGGAUUCUCGUCAGCUACUGGCUCGAGUACGGAACGCAGUAUAUAGGCGGCGUUCGAUGCGCUCCCGACAUCCCGUAUACCGGCGGCACGCACGACCGGCCCAAGUUUGACCCGCGCCACGACGUCGGCUCCCCGGGUCACCGCUGUCCCGGGCAGAGCCAGGCGGCCUGGCGGGUGCCGUUUGCGCUGCAGAUUGCCCCGGCGCUGAUUCUCGGCAUCGGCAUGCUCUUCUACCCGGAGUCGCCGCGCUACUACUUGAUGCGCCGGCAGGAGGACGCGGCGCUGCGCGCGCUCGCGCAGCUGCGUCGCGCGGAGCACCCCGACUCGCCGUGUCUGCGGGACGAGUACCUCGCCAUCAAGGCCGAGGUGCUGUUUGACGAGUCCAUUGCUCGGGAGCGCUUUCCCGGCAAGGCGGGGCCGUCGCUGUACUUUGCGCAGUACGGGAGCCUUGUCGCGACGAAACCUGCAUUUCGGCGUCUCGCUGUCGGCUGCUUGAUUGGCUUCUUCCAACAAUUCAUCGGCUGCAACGCCAUGAUAUACUACAGUCCGAUUAUCUUUUCCCAGCUGGGCCUUUCUGGCGGCACAACUUCACUGUUGGCGACGGGCGUAUACGGCAUCGUAAACACCCUGUCAACCCUACCGGCGCUCUUUCUCAUCGACAGAGUAGGGCGGCGACCUCUUCUAAUGUGCGGCGCUACUGGGACAUUCAUCUCCUUGGUCAUUGUCGGCGCCAUCCUGGGCGCCUACGGAAACAGCUUGCUUCACCACCGGGCGGCCGGCUGGGUGGGCAUUGCGUUUGUCUACAUUUACGACGUCAACUUUUCUUAUUCCUUUGCGCCGAUUGGCUGGGUCCUGCCCUCGGAGAUUUUCAACCUGGGAAAUCGCUCCAAGGCCAUGGCCCUUACCACGAGCUGCACGUGGAUGUGCAACUUCAUCAUUGGCCUGGUGACGCCGGACAUGCUCGAGUCGUUUGGCUGGGGCACCUACAUCUUCUUUGCCGCUUUUGCCUUGCUAGCCUUUCUCUUUACCUGGGGUUUUGUGCCCGAGACAAAGGGCAAGAGCUUGGAGGACAUGGAUGAAAUCUUUGGGGAUGCUGCUGCGCGCGAAGAGAAGCAAAGGCUGUUUACUAUUGCAGCUUCGCUAGGAUUGACUGCUCCGAUGCCGACGCUGGACAAAAUGGACGUUGCGACGGCCGAUGCUCGCGAGUAUGCAUGA